GGCUGUGAUUGGUCCGCAUCAGGUGCCGGCCGUCGCGAAGUCCUAUCAGUGCUUGCCGUGGCACCUGUCUUGAGCAGCGUUCCAGAUGCUGCUUUUGCUAAAGACCUGUCCGGCAACUACGAUGAUCCAGAAUAUCCUGGAUGCAAAAGGAGAAUCAUCACUCUGAACGAUGGCGAAGUACAAGUCAACAUGAAGGAUCCUGACCGAGGAAGAUCUUGCAAGGGAAAGCAAGAAGUGAAAUAUGUUUUGAAAGGUUCCGUUUCCGGCGAUCAAGUCACCAUUGACUUUGCUGAUAGAGGUGCUGUGAUUGCUGGAUUUCGCUCGGCCUUUGAUGGUUCCUUGGCCCAAAGCGAAGUGGCCACAAUGCUGGUCGGGGUGGCAGCCAGGACGAAAGUCAACCGCUAUAAUCGAGAGUUUGCCGUUCGCAAAGGCGACCUGAUCUCUUUAGACGAUGAUGCGGGGCUCAAAGUCAAAGGCAAAGGCCAGUACAAGGCAUGGACAUCCUGUGCAAUUCUCCGAGUGUCGCUUGGACGAGCAGUCAGCUCUGUGCUGGAAGGCAUGCAAAGUCGAAAGGGCAAGGGCAAAACAAAGUUGCCCAGGCUGAAGUCAAAAUCACCGGUAAUGUUCUCUCUCAACUCGAUAGCCUAUUGGCUUGGGUCUGGAACGGAUGCGAUCAUGAAGUCGCGCAAUGCGCUCUCGUGGCUUUAUAUGGAACUCCAACAGAACAAGUUCAAUGAGUUGAUGCAGGAGAGGUCGCAUCUAUUGGCUCUCCAUGUAGAGUUCGACGAGACUAGCCAGAAGCUACAGGUUCGUCAGAACUUGUUCAGAGCAGUCACAACCCUUUCAGUCCUGGUUGUCAACCCACCAGUGGUUUUGCGAGACAAGACUGCGAAAGGCUUAUGGGAAGGCAUUUCUCAUGCCUCAAUUUGGGACCCGUUUAGCAUGGCCAGUCAGUGUGAUCUCUUGCUCCUGAACUAUGUGUGUGAUGGUGCCCCGAGCAACUCUUGCAUGAUUGCCAACAUUGCGAAGCUGACUCCAGAGAAUGUACUUGUCUUCCGUCAAGGAUGCCUUUUGCAUGAAACCAAUCACGUACCCGAAAUCGCAUUGAAGACCUUGCAGGACCUUCCCGACAUGUUCUGCAUGUCGUCGCUGCUCACCAACGGGAGCAUCUUCUAUGACAUCCUGGUUCACUCGCGUCGGGUCUUGUUGUCGAAGUUGGAAAUAUCCUUCGAUGAGCCUUGUGAAGAAAACCGAGAGUAUGCGCAAAGCAUUAUGAACCUUGUAGUCCAGAGACGUCCACAGGUAGAUGGCGCAGACGAAGAGAAUCAGGAUGACCUAUUGAAGUCGGCGGCAAUGUUACUUUCGCUUGCCAAUGGGGACUGGAAACAAAAGACCAUUGUCCACCAUUGCAAACUCACAUGUUGCCGAAGCAGGGAGGAAACAUGCGAAAAGCUGUGGUUGGCUAUCAUGGCGGUUGUGUUUCGUUCGCGACCGGAAAUUCCAGUGCUCUCCCAUUGGACUGCUGUAGGGGAUUGCAUCAGGUUCUACUUGCUGGCCGUUGCUUUCCACCAAUUGCUGCCUCAAGCUUGGUCGUCCUUGCAUGGCAAUGACAAGCUUUCACCAUCAGGUUCCGUUGCAGAUCUGUGCGGCUUGGGAAUUCCAGAAGACACAGACGAUUAUCGCAAAGAAAUCAGAGUGAGAGCAAAAAAAUCAAGUUUGUUCUUGGAACGAAGCUCAACCCUUCCCAACCUCAUCAUUGCCGCUACUUUCCUCCCCGGCAUUGAAAGGGUUAUGCGGGCUCUUUUCAAGGACCAGAGAGACAGAUCAUGGUUGCUGGAAGGGAACGACCCAGCGUUGCCAGCAGUGGUCUUUGCAUCUGAAAGCCAGUCACCAGCAGAGAAGGCUGUCAGGGCAUACAGUGCCUUGGCUUUCGGGCGCCUGCCGAUUCAAAUGAAAGGCUUUGAUUCCGCAGCCCUUCACAGGGCACAGUUUGUGCUAUUGUCAAUUGUUGCCCACACCCACCGGCGGCUGACACGUUCGUUCAAGGCGUUCCCUCAGCGGCUAUCGGGUAUCCUCGAGAAUGAGGAAGCAGGACCUCAAAUUGCAACUGAGUUUUGCCAGUUGCCACUCUGCUGCCUUGAUGUGUUCUCCCAGCGUUUGCGGAAGUACAUGGAGGCCAGACAACUUGGUGCAGAAGAUUUGGCUUCGUCUCAUGGGCAAAUGCGCCGGAUUGUCCGUUUACUUUCCAAGAGGAAACUUACCAACAGCGAAAUUGAAUGCAAUUUCGCGCGUGCUGUCUCGCAACGACUGGUGACUCGUGGCCGAACUCAUGCGGUGGAAACGAUGGUUUCAAAAUACAUCCUGUCGGAGAUCCAAAAGGAACACCAGCAGUUCCAACUUAAAUUGUGUCAGAAGAAGCAGGCGGCAGCGAAGCAAGCAGGUGAUGACAAAGGGAAAACUGCGUACAAUGGCUGGACUCUCUUCUUGAAAUCGCAGAUGGAUUCACGGGUCGCUAUGCCUGGCGAAACUCCCAAUGCUUGCAGAAUUCGGACGUGGCAGAUGGCCAGUGCUCAGUGGCAGGCUCAAGUUGCAUGUGAUAGCCAGGAGAUGGGAAGGCUAGCGGAGUGGACCAACAAAAACUCGCAGCCGCUUUCUCAGAUCGUCGACCCUAGAGAAGAAGACAAUGUUUUGCCCGAAGACCAAAUGGUUGAGUUCAACGAAAGUCUCUCAAUGUUUGGUGAUGAACAUUUUGCAAUUUCUGAAAAACUGCUGGAACAGAAAAGAAAAGAGUGCCAUGGCAAUUGGUUGGACCAAGCGCACAAACAGUUCAAAGACAAGUACAGCGCUUUUGUGAAUUACAAGACCAGUUUGGAUCUCAAUGACACAGAGUUUGAUGGUUGCUGUCAAUCUUUGUAUGGCCCUGGUUUUUGCAAGCAACAGCUGACUCCGGUGAUUGCCGAUGAAUACCAGCGAUUGUUUGCUGAUGUGGUCUCUGUCCUUCGCAUUGCUAGAGAGACAAGGCGAAAAGAUGGUCAUGUACCACACCAUAUUCCCCUUCUUUUCUUUGAACGUGAUGUUGGUGCCAAUGUGGAUUGUCUUCGGAGUGUAUACCUGCUGACAAGGGUUUCUUUCAGUCCUUUUGACGGUACAGCUUUGCAGUUCACAACAGCCAAUGAAGAAGGGCGGGCAGAAAUUUGCUUUUCAGAAGAUGGGACUAUGCUGCUUAUUGAGCUCAAACCAUUACUCCUCGAGAUUGCCAGGGGUGAUGCGGUUUUGGAUGUGAAAACUGCUUCUUACUCUGCGGUUUCCUUGCGAGAGAUUGAGUUGGGGCCUGCUUGUGCACCUUCUGAUGUUGAUGUGAAAAGGUCUACAGGAGAGAAUGGUUCAGACAGCGGUAGUGAAAAUGAUGACAACUACACAAGUUGUAUGACAACACGAAAAAGAUUGGCCAUGCUGAGGAAAGCCGUGAACGGGACCGGGACAACUGGUUCAAAACGAAAGACAGCACCAAGCCACCAGGGGGAGAAACCAACCAAGAAAAAAGCACCAGCCCCUGCCAAAUCCAAGGGCGCAACAGCAACAGGUGUGAAUCCAACAGCUGAUGACGAACCAGGUCACGCAGGUGAAAUGCAUGAUUCCAUUGUUGUCGAGUGGGACCAUGCGUUCAGUUCUCGUGCAGGGCCCAUCAAAACGGAGAAAAAGUCAGAGCAUUCACAGCAGCCAAAAAGCAUGACAGGUACAAAGACCACAGAGACUGUAGGUUCCAAGGCAGGUGGUAUUGAGAUAGUGAGUCGUACUCUACCAUGGAGGGAUGCCAACAACUAUUGCUGGAUGUUCAACGCCAGCAGUGGAAAAGCUUUUCCGUUGGGCCGGAUAACGGAGCUACGGGUUGGACAGCCAACUCACGCGGUCUCAAUCAAGUGCAGCUCCCAUUCCCAGUGCCAGAUGAUGGUCAGUGCAAAGAAGCUUACAGCUGAUGCCGAACCAGCCAUGCUCCAGUGGCUGCUAGCGGGUACACGGAUCCCAGAUCGUUCUGAUGCCAAACGUCACAAAGAACAGUUCAAAUCCUUUGUCCGCUGCUAGCGGGCGGUAUUCUCAGAUGCCAAUCUGAUUUCAAGUGGGGGG